UAUAAGAUGACUUGUUAGGGUUCGCUCCUCGCCUCUCCACUCCGAUCCCGAAGCCCCCGCCGCCCGUUGCCGAGAGAGAGUGAAAGGGAGGGAGAAAGAAGAGAGCAAGGAGAGCGCAAGCCUUCCGAUCAAGAUGGGGAAGACUCGUGGGAUGGGAUCUGCUCGCAAGCUCAAAACUCACAGGAGGAGGCAGAGAUGGGCAGACAAAGCAUACAAGAAGAGCCAUCUUGGCAAUGAGUGGAAGAAGCCCUUUGCUGGUUCUUCUCAUGCCAAGGGCAUUGUCCUUGAAAAGAUUGGCAUUGAAGCCAAGCAGCCCAACUCUGCUAUCCGAAAGUGUGCCAGAGUUCAGCUUAUAAAGAAUGGGAAGAAAAUUGCAGCCUUUGUGCCAAAUGAUGGUUGCUUAAACUACAUUGAAGAAAAUGAUGAAGUGUUGAUUGCUGGGUUCGGAAGGAAGGGGCAUGCUGUUGGUGAUAUUCCUGGAGUGAGAUUCAAGGUUGUGAAGGUUUCUGGUGUGUCACUACUGGCUCUUUUCAAGGAGAAGAAAGAGAAGCCUCGGUCUUGAAAUUUCAUCCUAGAGUCCUUUCAGAUGUGAACCAAUCUGAUGUUUUGGCUCUAUCUUCAUUACUUUCACUCUGUAGCCCAGUUUUCUGUCGACAUGCUUUUAAGAAGUUUAGUAGACUGCUAAGCAGAUUUUCCAUUGUUAUGCUGUGUUUUUGCAUGCACUUGCAACCUAUAUUAUAGCAUGAUCUUGCCUUGCUUCUUUCUGCAAU